CCCGGCCCCGUGACGUCACGGGGAUUCCCUCUGCCCGGGCUCGGAGGCGGAAGGCGCGUGCUGAGUGCUGCCGCCGCCGCCGCUGCUGCUCCUCCUCUCCGUCGCUUGGCUUUCGAUUUCGUGGGAGCGGCGGAGCGGUUUCCCUGCCGGGGCUGGAGAUUGGACGCCUUGCAACCGAAGAUGAGUCACCGCUGGGGCGCAGUUGUUAAAAAUGACCUUUUUGACUGAAACAACGGAAGUCACAAGUCGCAGGAAGUGAAAGCUGUACGUGCUUGGGGUAUUUUUGUCCUCAAGUCCUGAGUUCAAGUCCGGGCACUGUCGUUUAAGGAGGACUCAUCGGAAAGACGUAAGGAGCAGUGAAACCAAACCCAGAGCUUAAAGACCUGGAUUGAAGUUACUGGAACGAAGACAUUCUCCUUCAAUGCCGGGAGACGCUUUGGGUCAGCUGGGGAAGUAGAGAUCCACAGAGCAGGAGUCCGUGUGGCUGAGCGUGUGGCCGAUGGAGGAGGCAAUAAGGAAAGCUGAGCAGCAAGCCCUGAGGCUGGCGGAGGCGAUCCGGGACGGGGAGGAAGAGAUCGCCCAGCGUUGCGCCAUCUGGCUGGCCGAACGGCGAGUCCCCGUCAAGGUGCAGCUGGAACCAGACGCCUAUCCGGAGCACGACAUUAGGCUCUGGGUUGGCGUGGAAGAUGCCCAGAUGGUCACCACACCCGUCUUUCUGAAGGUUCAGCCUUCCAUGACUAUGGCUUCCCUCAAAGACAUGAUGCACCUCCAUUAUGGGUUCCCUCCCAGCGUCCAGAAGUGGGUGGUGGGACGGAGGCUUCCCCGGGACCACGAGACGCUCCACUACCAAGGCAUCCAGAGGGAUGGGGACCAGGCCUACCUCUACUUGAUGUCCGCCAAGACCGAGAAGCUGGACAAAGAAACGGCGGACUGUGACCACGAACGGCGGCAGCUGGAAGAGUUGGGCAUUAGAGAAGGGGUCCUGUUGCCUCGGGGAGCUGGCGACUCAACCUCUUCGGGCUUCUCAACGCCGUCGGAGCCCUCCCUGAUGUUGGACGUGCACGAGGAGGGCAGCGGCUGUGGGGUGACCCUCCCCGCCGAGCCCCCUAAGGUUGGUUGGGAGUGCCGGAGCUGUACGUUUAUCAACAAGCCGUCACGCCCCGGAUGUGAAAUGUGCUGCGACGAUCGGCCCUUGAACUACGUCGUCCCGGAAGACUACAAGCUGGAUGCGGAAGAGGAGGAAUGGUUUCAGAGGGAUUUGGAGGCCACCCGCCAGUACCGGCAGGUGGAGGAAGAAGAGAAAGAGAGAAACUACAAGCAACUCCUGCAGUGGGACAACCAGAACUUGGUGCUUUCUAAGGAAGCCAUUCAGUGCCCCAUCUGCUUCAUGAACCUGGAGCCUGGCGAGGGAGUCACCCUACGAGAAUGUCUCCAUUCCUUCUGCAAGGACUGCUUGAGGGGGACCAUCCUGAACAGCCCGGAACCGGAGGUCAAGUGCCCCUACAUUGAUGACAACUACUCCUGUCCAUGGCAGCUGCUGGACCGUGAGAUCAAAGCGCUACUAACGGAGGAAGAAUAUCAGCACUUUCUGGACUUGGGGAUGUCCAUCGCGGAGAAUCGCAGCCGGUCGAGUUUCCACUGCAAAACCACCGACUGCAGGGGUUGGUGCUUUUACGAAGACGACGUGAACGAAUUUCACUGCCCGGUGUGCCACAAACCGAACUGCCUGCUGUGUCAGGCUAUUCACGAAAACAUGAACUGCAAGGAAUACCAGGACGAUCUCCAGAUACGAGCGGUGAAUGACCACGCGGCACAACAGACCACGGAGGUGCUGCUGAAACUGGUGAAGGAUGGGGAGGCCAUGUACUGCCCCACCUGCAGGAUCAUCGUCCAGAAGAAGGAUGGCUGCGACUGGAUACGCUGCACCGUCUGCCACACGGAGAUUUGCUGGGUGACCAAAGGGCCACGCUGGGGACCAGCGGGCUUGGGUGACAUCAGCGGGGGCUGCCGUUGCAAAGUGGACGGCAUCUCCUGCCAUCCGAAUUGCCAGAACUGCCAUUGAUGGGAGGAGAUUCCUGAAAAAUCGGGACUUUUCCAGGCAGUCCUUUUCAUUUGCAAGAAGAAGGACGGAGACCCCGGACGAUGGCCGGAAGGGGAACCUUUGGACAAUUGCACAGGUCUUCUGCUGCGUGACCAAGUUCUCUACCACUCCCGUCUUGGGACAACUCACCUCCGUCUCCACCGAAGUGGUGAUGGAGCCAAGGACGUCUGCAGCCUCAGGGUUGGUUGAAGGGGGGGGGGCGCCUUUUCAGCCCCCCAGCCCUGUGUUGGUUGUGCCUGGAACUUGACCCGUUGGUUGGUUCUGCUCUGCUUCGUCUUUUUUCGUAGAAAGCAGUGGCUGUUUUAUCUUUUCUCGCCAUCUUUCUGGUCCAUCUUUCAACCUUGGAUCUUGGACUUUACCAGAUGUCCUUCAUUUCAUUCGAACCAGACUUCCGAGUCCUGUUUUCGAUUUACGAAACGAACCACAAUAUUCUCCUUUUUAUUGGUAUGACGGAGCGGGGAUCCUUGGCCCGUCGUCCGUUUUUCCCCCCCUUGCUCUAAGGAUGUUCCCACUUUCUGUUGCGUCUUUAGGUCACUUCUGUGAUUUGAGGCCGAAUCGGCAUCAGAUGGGAGCUUUGCAGUUGAGGGGGGUGGGGGGGGUGUCACCUCUCCUAUAUUCCCUCCCCCUCCAUAAAUCUAGUUUCUGAAAUUGAAGAUGAAGUAGCACAGAAUAUUUUUAAGGGGUGUGAAAAGCCUGCCGAACGGACCCUCAAGUUGAUGGACGUCGUAUUUUCCUGAGAUAGGAUUUUGUAGCAUACGGAGGGCGGGGAAUUAAAGCGGCAGAAUUGCUAAAAAUGUGUUUAAAAAAACAACAACAA